AUGGCACCCCCACCGUUCCGUCCGGACAAUGCUAUCAAAAGGGCUGAAGAGUUGAUUUCCGUCGGAAACAACCAGGCCGCGCUACAAUCUCUUUAUGAUUUUGUCACUGCUAGAAGAAUUCGUUGGGUCCCACCAACUGCUGUUGAACCAGUCGUAUUCAAGUUUCUAGAAUUGGGUGUUGACUUGAAAAAGGGCAGACUUAUUAAGGACUGUUUGCACCAGUACAAGAAACUGGUUCAAGGUUCCCCUGAGGGUUUAGUUUCCGUCGGUGUUGUAGCCCGUAAAUUCAUCGAUGUCAUCGAGACGAAGAUUAGCGGCGAACAAGCCAAGGAAGACCAAAAACAGGAGGAUGACGAUGAUUUGGAAGGUGGUGUUACACCUGAAAACCUAUUGACCUCGGUGUACCAAGAAGACCAGUCCGUUGGUGGUUUCAACGAUGAAAGCAUUACUACCUGGAUGAGAUUUACUUGGGACUCGUACCGUACUGUGUUAGAUUUGCUAAGAAACAAUUCUCAGCUGGAAAUUACUUACUCUGGUGUCGUGAACAGAACCAUGCAGUUUUGUUUGAAGCACAACCGUAAGAACGAGUUCAGAAGGUUGGCUGAUAUGUUGCGUCAGCAUUUGGACGCCGCUAACUAUCAGCAGAGCAAAAACGGUACCAACAUCGUCGAUCUAAGUGAUGCGGAUACUUUGCAACGUUAUCUGGACCAACGUUUCCAAUUGGUUAACAUUUCCGUUAAACUUGAAUUAUGGCAUGAGGCUUUUAGAGCUGUUGAAGAUGUUUACCAUUUGAAGAAGAUGUCUCAGCGUCCUACCAAGACUCCAAUUUUGGCGACAUACUACCAGAAUCUGGCAAAGAUGUUCUUCGUUUCUGGUGACCAGGCAUUGCACACAGUUGCCUGGAACAAGUUCUUCCAAUUGUACAAAACAAAUCCUAAGGCAACUGAGGAAAAAUUUACCACGUACGCUACCACAAUCUUUUUGUCCGCUCUAGCCAUCAAACUGGAUGUUUUGCCAUCUGUAGGUUACGAUCCACAGCUGCGUCUAUACCGUUUGCUUGAGAUCGAAUCUAAACCUGUUAGACAGAAUAUUAUCGACAGUCUACGGGAGGAUGAAUAUUACGCUAAAAUUGACGAGGAUGUUAAAGAGUUGUACAGACUUGUCGAGUGUGAGUUUUCUGUCGAUACAAUCAAGUCCGACUUGGCUAAGGUGCUACCAAAAUUGACUGCCAAGCCCUUCUUCGCUCAGUACUCUGACCAAAUCAGAGAUGUCAUCGUGAGAAAAGUAUUUGUUGCCGCAUCUACCAAAUCUCAAAUUGCCAACAUUGACGAAUUAUACGCUUUGGCUGCCUUACCAGAACCAAUGAACUUGUCUCAUUGGGAUACCGAAAAGGCACUUUUGCAAGCUGCCGUCGAGGAUUACGUUUCCUUUACCAUCGAUCACGAGACAAACACUGUGAACUUCGUUGCAGACCCAUUGGAAUCCUUUGUUGAGGAGUCUAUUUCCGAAGGGGAAGAGGAAGAGGAAGAAGAAGAGGACGAGGAAACUGCCAAGAACGAUAAAGAAGGCGAAGAGGGCGAAGGACAGGCCGAACCUGUUGUUAUUGUCACUCGUAACUCUUACAUCCGCAACAAGCUUUCUCAACUAUCUGAAGUGUUACACGAAGUCGAAUCUUUCCAAUCUGGAUCUUACAUGGAGAAGGUUAAACUUGCUCGUGAAAACUUGAUUGAGCAGACUAAAAACGCGAUCGAAACGACAAAGAGGAAUGCUGAAGAGCGUGCCAAGAAAUCUCAAGAACAAAAGCAGAAAUACAUGGAAGAAAACGCCUUGUCCAGUGAACAACAGGCUGAGGAGAAGCGUCUGCGUAUCUUGGAGGAAAGGACUGCCAGGGAAGCUAAGCUUGCAGAAGAGAACCGUUUGCGUAUGGUUGAAAAGAAGAAGCGUGAAUUGCAAACUUUGAAACAGAACGUCGCAAAGACUUUGAUCGAGGAAGUUAACGCUAAGGGCCAUGUUUACAUUGACCCGGCUGAGGCUACUCGGGUCGACCUAAAGGACUUGAGGCAAAUGAUUGUCGCCCAAUUAUCCAAAGACAAAGCUGAACUAGACGAGCGUAUGACUGCUGCAUUGAAGAAAUUGGACUACACUGAAAGAGCCUUGAGAAAGGUUGAGUUGCCAAUGUUGAAGAAGGAGGCUGACACUAUGAAGGAGGCUGACUUGGCUAAGUAUAACGCUAUGAAGGCUAAGAUUAUCGAAAGUGCCAAGCAAGAACACGAAGCCAAAUUGGAGGAACGUUCUCGUCUAGUUUCUGUCUACGAUGACUAUAAGUCGUUGAAGGAGAGACUGUUGGCAGAGAAGGAGGCUGAAAUCGGCGAGGCCCGUAGGGUCCAAAUGGCCAAGUUCGAGGAAGCCAAGGCUGCCCGGAUUGCCGAAGUUCGUGAGAAGCGUUACAAGGAGGCAGUUGCCAAACGUCAACAGGAACUUAUUGAGGAGCAAAGGAAGGACCGUAUGGCUAGACAAGAGGAGGUUGCGCGCAAACAGAGGGAGAUUGAGGCUGAACUAGAAAGGAAGUCUUCUCAAAACAAGACCGCCGCUCGUAUCCCAGUGGCCAGCUCUAUUGUUCACAAAACCAACACUGACUUGGACGAAGUUGCUCGCAAGCAAAGAGAGAUCGAGGAGCAAAUCGAGAAGAGAUCCGCGAUGUCUAGAGCCCCCGCGCGCGAAUCUGCCACGCGUGCACCAGCCACGCGUGCGCCACUUGUCAAGAAGACUCAAGCUGAAUUCGACGAAAUUGCUCGUAAACAAAGAGAGAUGGAAGCUGCCAUUGAAGCGAGACUUUCUGGUGCGAAACCCUCUGCGCCAACUCCUACCCCACCAAGCUCUGCGUCUGGUCCACCAAGUGGUGCCCCUCAGAAGUUGUCGUUUGCUGAGAAGAUGAGAUUAAGAAGACAACAGGAACAACAGAAGUAG